GUAGGAAGCACGGAGUCCGGCAGCGGCAGAAAUUAAUUUAAUUUCGUUCGCUCUGAUCGAAACCAGCAGCAGAAAUCAUCGAUAAGAAAUUCGUGAUACGAACAGGAAAUAUCCCCCUACGCGAGUGCCACCGCGAAGAAAAUCGUCCUCAGGCUGCAAACUGCGAUUCUACCUCUUUCUCGGAGCAGCUCACUCGGCACGCCAACCAACUCACUUUGCCAAAGAUCGAUUUAAUUACCAUAUUCCAAUGUACUAGAUGUGAACGAAACGCUUCUUUGCUUGUGCGGCUACGCUCCGAAAGUGUAGGCAAGUGCUAACGCAACCUCUGUGUGUGGUACAAAACAGUCAAUUGAAGUAAACAUUGAUAGUUUCAACAUCGCUGAAAAGUGUGUCGCCUAAUAGUUUUUUUUCACGACAGCAAAGUUGAGUGAGAGUUGCUUCUCACCUGGUGCUUGAUUCUCACCAUUGCUCACUUCUCACACCGACCGGAAACAAACAAGAGCUUCUCCGGACCUCCCAGCACCCCACACACCCGCCUUUAGGAAACAAAAAACCAUCGGCAAGCAACAGUGCAAGGAUACCCAAAGGACGCUUGGAUGUUUGACACGAUGAUGCAGCAAGCGGUAUCGAUUAAAGCGGAACCAGAUUGGAAUGACCUUCUGGUGCCGGAGCCGGACAACCGGCAGUACUCGCUCGAGAGCGUGAUUCGCCAGCAGCAACUGCAGCACCAACAACAGCUGCAGCAACAACAACAGCAGCAACAGCAGCAGCAACAGCAGCAGCAGCAGCAGCAGCAGCAACAACAGCAGCAGCAACACCAGCAGCACCAACAGCAACAAUACCAACUACGCAAUGGCGGCGGCGGCGGAAAUGUCGUUCCGGUCGCUGUUGCCCCGACCGCUGUGAAUAUUGCGCAAAAUUCGAACAAUCCGGCGGUGGCCGCGGUGGCAGCCGCGGCCGCUGCCGUUGCUGCCUCGGUGAACGGGGUGCAACAACCGGCCAGCCAGCAAUCGGGCGCCGUUAGCGAGGACAACGAACCACUCGACAUCAUCGAAGCCAUCGGCGACUCGGAUGACAACGAUUUUGCCGAAGCAGAAUCCUUAACGUUGCAACAGUACAAGAAAGAUGAAAAGCUGUGCGACUACUACCGCCGGAUGCCGGUCCUGUACGACAAGAGCCAUCCGCACUACAAGUUCCAGUCGAAGAAGGAAAAGGCGUGGCGCGAGCUGAGCCGGCUGUGCGAGAUGGACGUGGAGCAGUGCAAAAAGCGCAUGACCUACUUCCGGUGUCGGUUUACGGUCGAGCGGCGCAUCAUGAAGAAUGGCGUCAACUGUAGCGAGUGGCCGCUGCUCGAGAAGCUCAAGUUUCUGAACAAACACAUCAAAAUCCGGAGACCCCGGGCGCCGAACGGUGAACCGGACGACACUGACGACGAAACGAACCCGAUGAACAUUCUGCGGAAGCGCCAGCGGGAGCAGCAGGAAGACGCGAAGGACGAUCUGCACGCGUACCUGGACCUCCAGCAGAUGGCGGCGGCGGCGCAGAAUCCGCAGGCGCAGCUCCACUACCAGCAGCAGCUGAAGCUGCAGGGCCACGGCCCAUUCGGGGGCCACCACGGAGCCGGUUUCCCACCCACCGACAUGUCCCUGCACCACCUGCAACCGCCUCCGCCGCACCCGCAGUCACACCGCGACCACCAGCACCCGCACCAGUCCCACCAGCAACCGGGGGUGCCGGGCCAGCACCACCCGCAGCAAGUGCCACACCCGAACCCACUGGCCGGGCACCCGUUCCGGGGCGGCGGCGGCGGACUGGGUUCGGUCGGGGUCGGGCACCACCAUUCGCAGCAGCAGCAGCAAGCGGCGCACCAUCACCACGCCGCCGCCGCCGCCGCCAUGCACGGUGCCGCCGGCGGCCACCACCACCCGGGGGUGGGGGGCGGUCACCAGCAGCCGACGCCGGUCGAGUCGCCGAUCCCGGCCGCCAUCUCGAACGUCGAGGCGUCGUACAGUGUGCCGAAGCGGCAGCGCACCAGCUACGACGGGGACGAGGCGUCCCUGUCCAACUUUAACCUCAACCGCACGGUCAAGUACCAGAACAAUCUCGAGCACAGCGCCCACCUGGACGAGCACGGUGCGUACGGGCUGUACGUGGGCGAGGUGCUCCGUAAGCUGCCCGAGCGGAUAUCGUCCCUUACCUCGCUCAAGAUCAUGCAGCUCCUGUACGAGGCUCAGGUGCAGUCCUUCGAAACGGCGGAUGCCGUCGCUGCGGCCAGUAACGGGGGUAACGCCGGCAAAAAGGACAUGAGCAACGGUAGUACCGGAGGUGGCGGUGGCAGCCUGCAGAACGGUGGAGGAACCGCCGCAUCGUCCGAGGGUCGCCAGUCGACGGAGAGCGCUGAAUCGAGCAAGGAAUAGGCCCCGGCUAAGACGCCGCAGCCACCACCGCCCGUGCCGUCGGUUUUGUGGUGGUAGCGCGCCCUCCACAACAACAAAGGACCCUGACGACACUGCUCCUUGCGCCUGCCUGAGAAGGACACCAGCGCAACCAUCGGUUUCCCCGUUCGUCCCGCGCGUGUGCCAUCCAUCCACACCACUCACACUCACCCGCCCGCUUAUGAUGUGUUAUGUAGCUAAUUGUAGGGAUCCGGCGGGAUAGUUUCGGUCUGCAUUGUUUCAAUGGAAAUUUGAAUACAUUUCAAAGCGACUUGGGGGGAGAAGAAAGCCGGCGUUAGCGGGGAACAGCGUCGACAGGGGAAACGGCGUUUCUAGGAGGUCCUGUGGCGCGAGGUCCUUUAGGGACGCCCCAGAUGGCAGCAGUGUAGCUGCUUUGCGCAUAUUUAAGCCCCAUGCAUGUUGAUUUUUAACUCCAAUAGCGAGUCCCACUAACGAUUGUAAGAUAAGCAAACCGAAAGGCGAUCGUGUGUGUGUGUGGAGCGAUCGUUAAACAAUUAAAACCUUUUCUCUAACCCACACACGCAAAGACGCAUGCUCGGAGUCAGCCACGGCGGUUGCCCGUGGGAAAGGACGGCGAAAGAUGGUAGAUCGCGGGGUCGCAAAGAGCAACACAAACACGAAAACAACCCAAUCAUAUACCGUUUUCAUUUCCCUCUGUCCUAGGUUUAGAACGAAUACCUGUAUGAUGUUGAUUGAGAGCAAAUUAUAAGCAUUAUUAUGUAUCAAAAGUGUGUAUGCGAGCGAGCUAGCAAGAAAGAGAGACAGAGAGAGAGAGAGCGCGCGAAAUCAGAAGCGAA